AUCUCUUCUCUAUCGGCCAUUUGUAAUAGAGGAAUACACAAACAGCUAAAAUUUGCUUGUUUUCCACAUCGUCAUGUCAGAAUCGAUAGAAGAAUAUUUUACAAUUCUUAGUCUUCAAGAUUUGAGUUUGAUUGCUUUGUCAAAGAAGCCUUACAAGGUCUUUAAUCAUCAAUUCCAUGAAAGAAAUAUAAGAAUACCAUCGGCUAUUGUUGAAAAGUUAUUUCGAUAUCUAUCCUUACAAUUUACUGGCUUCCCAGAAGAAUAUCUUCAAUAUUUUUCAUCCAGAACAUGCAAUUUUCAAAAGAUUCAAUUUGACGCAUCUCAAUUAACGAAUGCUUGUUCAAUGGAUUUUCUUAAAGGUCACGCUCCAAAAGAAAUUGAUAUACAGAAAUUACAAGUUAGCGAACUGAGACAAUGGUUGAAUAUAACUCAAUGUAAAAUUAAUAAGAAAAGUACUUUCUACGUAAAGGAUUUUGUUAACUUAUCCUUUUGGCCUAAUAUGGAAUUAAUAGAGAUUUCUAAUAAUAGAAUAGUUAGGGAUGACGAAGCUUUUGAGGAAUUUCUAGAUAAUCAUCCGAAUGUGGAGAUUAUUGGAAUUUUUGAAAAUAUUAUCCGAUCCUAUGAAGAAGUACGCGAGAAACCUUCUCAUAUUUUUUCAAUUGAUUCGGUAAGGUCAAUGAUUAAUUACUAUAUGAAUCGUCGAUCUGGAAUGUGUAUAGAUCCAAAUAUAUUCUACUAUAAAGGAGUAAACAAGAGAUUAUUGGGGGAAAAAGACUCAGAAGACUUUGGCGUUCUUAAAGCGUUAUUAUCUAUCUUAUUGGAUCUUGGUGACAGGAACGAAUAUAUUUUCUAUAAAACUGGCGAAUUUAAACAAUACCAUCCAGUUGAUUGUUUAUUAAGAGUAACUGAUUAUAUAGACCUGUCGAGAGAUAGUUUUAAACGCUUGAAACUUAUUCUUCUCUGUUCAAAAAUAUUAAAAUAUUUCAUAGAGAACGAUAUUGCUAAAUUUAAUUCGUAUAUAAUCGUUUCCUGCUUUCAUUUACUCGCUAAACAUUCGCCAUUUUUGGAUAUUCCUACAGAUAGAUUUGAACUUUCAAUAAACGCUUUAAAAGUCUCCCACUAUUCGGAAGAUAGGGAAUUAUCCGUAGCAACUCUGAACGCUAUUUUAACUGAAGAACUAUUAAUGACGUUACCCGAGAAGAAAUUUGUCAUUUUCCUAAAAACCUUUGAGUUUUUCCUACAUAGUUUCCCAUUUAGAGAGAUGAGAAAUAUUCCUUUUAUGAAUAAGUUUGUUUCAAGAAUCGUUGGCAUUAUUCAAAAUCAUAAACAACUUGAAAUAGAAAAGGAUAUUUUACACUGGAGAGGAAAUCCUUCAUUUCAAAUACAAAUUCCAUCAAAAAUACGUAUAAACAUUAGAUUAUCAAAAUCUCCAUAA